CCGAAGACCUCAAACACACACUGCUGAUUAUUUUACCAGCAUGAAUUCAUCAGACUAACUCCAGUAGAUCUUCUUCAGCUCAGAGCCAACAUGGGUCCUGUUGCUGCUGUUCUUCUGGUUUUUGUGGGCUGCUGCAGUAAUGUUGUCUCUCUGGAGCUGCUUGUAAGAGAGUUUCCAGGAUGCGGCAACAUCGUCACCUUUGCUCAGUUUGUGUUCAUCGCACUGGAAGGCUUCAUCUUUGAAACAAACUUAGGGAGGAAGAAACCAGCAAUACCUAUCAGCAACUAUGUGAUCAUGGUAACGAUGUUCUUCACUGUCAGCGUGAUCAACAACUAUGCUCUCAACUUCAACAUCGCCAUGCCGCUGCACAUGAUCUUCAGAUCGGGAUCGUUAAUCGCUAACAUGAUCCUGGGCAUUAUCAUUCUGAAGAAAAGAUACUCAGCAAGCAAAUAUUUGUCAAUAGCUCUCAUUUCAGCAGGCAUCUUCAUCUGCACCAUCAUGUCUGCCAGACAAGUGAACGUGGCCAGCGAUGGAUCAGAAGAACAAGGCUUUUAUGCCUUCAUGCACUGGCUUAUAGGUAUCGGCAUGUUGACGUUUGCUCUGCUGAUGUCAGCGAGGAUGGGUAUCUUCCAGGAGACACUGUACAAACAAUAUGGAAAACACUCCAAAGAAGCUCUUUUCUAUAAUCACUGUCUGCCUCUGCCAGGCUUCCUGCUCCUCUCCACAGACAUCUACAACCACUAUGUUCACUUCAGUCACAGCGCUCCUGUAGUCAUUCCCAUGGUUGGAGUGACCAUGCCGAUACUGUGGCUCUACCUGCUGAUCAACGUCAUCACACAAUACGUGUGCAUCCGUGGCGUCUUCAUCCUGACCACAGAGUGCACCUCGCUGACUGUCACUCUGGUGGUGACCCUGAGAAAGUUCCUCAGCCUCAUCUUCUCCAUCCUUUACUUCCAAAACCCCUUCACAUCCUGGCACUGGCUGGGCACGGCCGUGGUCUUCCUGGGCACUCUGCUGUACACCGAAGUGUGGAGCAGCGUGCAAGCGGUUCUGCGUCCAUCUGACGUCAAGGAAAAGAAGGCAAAGUGAAGAAGACAGGACUGAAAGAAGAUCACUGUGUCAGCGUUGGUCAUGGACUUUAGAGAUUGUCUUUGGUCGACUAUUGUGCAGCGAUUUUAAUUUUUUUAUACACAGUCACGUUGUUUAGUUUUUAAUAUAUGAUCUUAAAUAAUAGGCCAUAUACAACUCCUCACUUACACACACACACACACACACACACCAGUUAGCCAUUCUGAUAUUCCGUACUUUUUGUUAUUGACAACAAAUCUCAUGAAAAGACCAUAACAGCUGUGUUUCAGUCAGUUUCUUUGUACUUUCUGACUUUGCCAGCCUGUGAUGUAAAUCUUGAAAAACAGCAUACACAGUUGGACACUGUAGUUUUUAACUUAAGAAGGAGUAAAUUGUGUUUUCAGCUGCGGAUUUAGCACACUACUAAGUAUUUACAACAGCAGGGUAUAAUAUGGCACUGACUCAAAAUGAACCACAGUCAGUUGUUGGUUUUGAAUUUUUGGGAUUUGUCGCUAAUAAGAAAAAUAAAUAUGGCCAACCUUGUCCUCUAACAUUAGUACCUCAUUAUGGUCCAUAUAUGCAGAAUCAUGGUGCCACUCUCUCUCUCAUGUUUGCUUUUAAUUAUUUAUUUUCUACAAGUGAACAGCUGAUAUGCUCAAUGAUAACACUCAUAUUAACGUCAGUAGUGUUACACAGAGUACUGUGAUGUUAAAUGGACAAUUGAUGCUGAAGAGAAGUUGCAGCCAGGAUCACUGAGAUACAGAC